CACAGUAUGGCCGGCGACAUUAGCUAGCGCUCGCUCUACUCUCUCUAACGGGGAAACAGCGGACUACAAGAGCCUGAACUGUAUCUGCCUCUAUUUCCAACAGACUCACGUUCAACUUUCGCUCACAUACACACACAAAAAAGCCGGGAAAAUUUUAUUAAUCCUUUUUUUAAAAAAGUUAAUAUAAAAUUAUAGCAAAAAAAAAAAAAGGAACCUGAACUUUGGUAACACAGCUGGAACAAUCCGCGGCGGCGGCAGCGGCGGGAGAAGAGAUUUAAUUUAGUUGAUUUUCUGUGGUUGUUGGUUGUUCGCUAGUCUCACGGUGAUGGAAGCUGCACAUUUUUUCGAAGGGACCGAGAAGCUGCUGGAGGUUUGGUUCUCUAGGCAGCAACCCGACGCAAACCAAGGAUCUGGGGAUCUUCGCACCAUCCCAAGAUCUGAGUGGGACAUACUUUUGAAGGAUGUGCAAUGUUCAAUCAUAAGUGUGACAAAAACUGACAAGCAGGAAGCUUAUGUACUCAGUGAGAGUAGCAUGUUUGUCUCCAAGAGACGUUUCAUUUUGAAGACAUGUGGUACCACCCUCUUGCUGAAAGCACUGGUUCCCCUGUUGAAACUUGCUAGGGAUUACAGUGGGUUUGACUCGAUUCAAAGCUUCUUUUAUUCUCGUAAGAAUUUCAUGAAGCCUUCUCACCAAGGGUACCCACACCGGAAUUUCCAGGAAGAAAUAGAGUUUCUUAAUGCAAUUUUCCCAAAUGGAGCAGCAUAUUGUAUGGGACGUAUGAAUUCUGACUGUUGGUACUUGUAUACUUUGGAUUUCCCAGAGACUCGGGUAAUCAGUCAGCCAGAUCAAACCCUGGAAAUUCUGAUGAGUGAGCUUGACCCAGCAGUUAUGGACCAGUUCUACAUGAAAGAUGGUGUUACUGCAAAGGAUGUCACUCGUGAGAGUGGAAUUCGUGACCUGAUACCAGGUUCUGUCAUUGAUGCCACACUAUUCAAUCCUUGUGGGUAUUCAAUGAAUGGAAUGAAAUCGGAUGGAACUUAUUGGACUAUUCACAUCACUCCAGAACCAGAAUUUUCUUAUGUUAGCUUUGAAACAAACUUAAGUCAGACCUCUUAUGAUGACCUGAUCAGGAAAGUUGUGGAAGUCUUCAAGCCAGGAAAAUUUGUGACCACCCUGUUUGUAAAUCAGAGUUCUAAAUGUCGCACAGUGCUUUCUUCGCCCCAGAAGAUUGAAGGUUUUAAACGUCUUGAUUGCCAGAGCGCUAUGUUCAAUGAUUACAAUUUUGUUUUUACCAGUUUUGCUAAGAAGCAGCAACAACAGCAGAGUUGAUUAAUAAAAAUGAAGAAAAAACGCAAAAAGAGACCACACAUAGAAGGAGGUGGUGGCUGCUUUUUAGAUAUUGAUACCGGGGGCCAUGCUUUCCAUAACCACCACCUUGUAGCUGCAGAAAGCCCUAGAUGUAAUGAUAGUGUAAUCAUUUUGAAUUGUAUGCAUUAUUAUAUCAAGGAGUUAGAUAUCUUGCAUGAAUGCUCUCUUCUGUGUUUAGGUAUCCUAUGCCACUCUUGCUGUGAAAUUGAAGUGCAUGUAGAAAAAACCUUUUACUAUAUGAAACUUUACAACACUUGUGAAAACAAUUCAAUUUGGUUUACGCACAAUGUAAUAUUUCUCCAGGUAUCAUCCAAAAUUCCCCACAGACAAGGCUUUCGUCCUCAUUAGGUGUUGGCCUCAGCCUAGUCAUCUGGGACUGUUCUAUUAAAUUGCUGCCAGGAUUUUACAUCCAGUUACCUCCACUUUCUAGAACAUAUUCUCUACUAAUAUUACCAAUUUCUACUUCAUACAGAUGUUUUUUGCAACAGCAAUUAAAGUUUAUCUUCCACGAGUCAAGUCCUCUUAAGAAAAUGAUUGCAGUUACCCAUUUUGUGUAUUAACUUUUAACAUUGCUUCCUAUACCUGUACUUCCUUUAAUUGAUUUCAUUCCUUGCCAUGGUGUCUUGCCUCCUGACCCCUCCACCCCCCAAUAAAGCAAUAUACUGUUACACUGUGGGUUUAUACUAAUCUUAUACCCGGGAGGGGGAAGGGGAGUGGACCCUGGGCUUUAUUUUGUUUUAAGGUCAAAGGAGUUUGUCCUUUUUUUAUAUUGGCAUGGACACUUUUGGAGAUAGUGACCAAAACAAACAUGGUGUUUAGCAAGGAAGACACAUAAAUUUAUAUUAGGGUAUACUAGCAGAACUGUUCCGGAAACUGUAUGCCAUUCUGUGUUCCCAUUAAUGAGAUUAGCUUCUCAUGAGUAGCAUGCCUUUACUAACUUGCUAAGUGUUGUAUAAAAGAAUUUUUAUCACUAGGUUUAUUAGCAAGGAAAUUAAGAUAAAGGUUGUAUUGGAUUUAGUACAUCAGCUCAGAUGAUUCACUUACUUUUAACAGCUAUCUCCAAUAAUUUUCAUUCAUAGUAUACCAUAAACUUUGGUUCAAAAUGGAGUCUGUCUUUGUCAUCUUAGGACUUAAAGUUCUUUGACUUAGUGUGAUGCAUUAUGUUAGUGUUCUGACUUCCUGGUGUUCCUUUCACCAUGGUCUCAUAGGGUCAAGGGAAACUUCCCAGACUGAGAACCGUUGAGGAUGUUCAGACAGUGAAGCAGAAUGCUAUCCAUGACACAAAAUUCCAGACGUCAUUGGGAAAUGACUAAAAAUACAGGCUUUGAGGAGUUGGCAAAUUUAGGUAUAUUUGCAAAUACUGAGAUAUAAGCAGCUGAGAAAACAGCAAGGUUGACUAAAUUUUGUAUGCUUGUCCUCACAAAUUUCUUUGGUUCUUUCUGGAUUGUUGCAGUGAUGUUUUUUUGUUCCUUCCGUAUUUAUAAAUGAAACACUUUUUUUUUUUAGUGUUUCUAAACAUAAAAUCUACUUGGUUUGAAAUCAAGUGGUUGGAACACAAAUUUUGACUUUUAUUUUUAAGCAUGUUGAUUCAAAGUUUCAUUGAAGAAACUUUCGGUCAGUGGAUCAGUUUGAUUCUGUAACUAGGCACACAGUACCUAAUUAAUGUUUUGUACUGUUUUGAGGACCAAUGCUCAAAGUGGAUUUUGUUCUUGAACAGUGUCCCAGUAGAUUUGAUGACAUUUGUUGGCUUGAGGUCUGAAUUUUUCCCCCCUCAAAGAUUUAAGAUUUCUAUCUAAUGUUGAAAACGGCACAAAUUUGUAUGGAAUAAAGCCUAGAAAAAUUAAAACUGUAGAUUGAAUAGUAAUCAAAAUUAAUCCUAGUGUGUAUGAUUGAGGGAAAAUUUUGGUGCCAUAAUUUCUCUCUUCAUGGUGUUGGACUUAAAAAUCAGUUGAAAUGUAUUUCUGUACCACAACUUAAGCUUCAAUAAAAGUUUGCUUAAUUCAUUGUCUAGUGACAUUCAAAAA